AAUUUGUUGAUGCUGUGGUGACUCAGUCGAACCUUCCAAAUAUUAAUGUUCUUAGCAUAGAACUUAAAGAAGGUCUCAAAGCGCACAAAGAGAAAAGAAGAGAUCCCAUUGCUAAAUAUUGGAAAGCCUAUUAUUUGAAAGAAGGAUUCAAGGAAGCAGCAAAUGAAAAUGUUCCAGAUGCACAAUUACAUUAUGCAUUCGCGAAGUUAGCAGCUAAUAACGUGGAUGAUUUCAUUAUAUAUUUGGAAAAGGCUGCAGCUUUAUUCAAUUAUGGUGAUAUGCUACUUAAUGGGAAGCAUGGUAUCAUGAAAGAUGAAAAAAAAAGGAAUUCAAUAUUUAAGAUAGCCGCCGUUAAAGGUCAUCCUAAGGCAAUCGAAGAGCUUAGGAAUCGCAAGAUUGAAUAUAUUUCUAUUUAUAACAGAGGAAGACAUGAUCAGUGA